UCUCUCCAAUUUUUCAUUUCCUGCCUUGCUUUUCUAUAACACAUUCUUGCCCCCCCCUUCUCUUUCCAACCCUGUGACUUCUCUUUGGGCUAUAAAUCCAGGAUUUACACAUCCUUUCUGUUCCUUGGCUUGGGGUAAGUUAGUGGGCAGGCAGCAGUGUGGGUGGGAGGUGUAUAGCUAAAGGCCUGCAAAGGAGACUGAAAAAAGCAGCUUCAAAAGAAAACAGAAAGUCCUAUACAGAGAGCAACAGGAGUGAUAGCUCAGGAACCACAGAACAACAUGAAGUUUUCUCAGGCCUCCUCAUUUUUGCCCAUCUCUCUGUUCCUCCUUUUACUUCUUCAGCUGCCAACAUUGCAAGGACAGGCCAUCAACUCAGCUCAGCAACCUCAACCCUGUGGAGAAGAUUCCUUUCCACUCGACUGUGAGGACAUAUACGAUCAAGGUUCAGACACAGAUGGCGUAUACCUCAUUUUUCCAGCAGGACCCAGUGUCCCUGUCCCCGUGUACUGUGACAUGACCACUGAUGAUGGAAAGUGGACGGUUUUCCAGAAACGCUUCAAUGGGUCAAUCAGUUUCUUUCGGGGAUGGAAUGACUACAGAUUUGGCUUUGGCAAAGCAGAUGGUGAAUAUUGGCUGGGACUGCAAAAUAUCCAUCUUCUCACCCUGAAGCAAAAGUAUGAGCUACGUGUGGAGCUGGAUGACUUUGAGAAUAAUACCGCCUUUGCCAAAUAUGCUGACUUCUCCCUUUCCCCAAAUGCAAUCAGUGCAGAAGAGGAUGGCUACACACUCCAUGUAUCUGGGUUUACUGAUGGAGGGGCAGGUGAUUCGUUGUCUUAUCACAGUGGCCAGAAAUUCUCCACAUUUGACCGUGACCAAGAUCUCUAUGUGCAGAACUGUGCAGCUCUGUCAUCAGGUGCCUGGUGGUUCAAGAGCUGCCAUUUUUCCAACCUCAAUGGCUUCUACCUUGGUGGACCACAUCUGUCUUAUGCCAAUGGCAUUAACUGGUUCCAGUGGAAAGGCUUCUACUAUUCCCUCAAGAGAAGUGAGAUGAAAAUACGUCGUGUUUGAGAUCCAAGGCAACUGGUGGCUUUUCCCAUUCUUCUACUCUAGAGGCCACUUGAAUCUUAAUGUAGACUGAGUUCCCAAUUAUUAAUGUAUUUCAUUACUCUGUUUUCCUUCCUUUAGCAUGCAGCCUGCACCAAAUUAUUCCUCAGAGAACACAACUCUCAAUAAAGAUAUCCAUUUCUCAGGCCCUGCAUUACUGAGAUCCAACACAACUAGAUAAUUGCCAGUGCCCUAUCCUGCUAAUCACCACAGUUUUUGUAGCUGCCAACAUCCCUGCUCUUCCAGGAAACUUGAUGUUGGUUUGUUUCACCAACAUCAAUAUUACUAGUCAUGGGUUCUACCUGCCAUUUCAAUGUCCCAAAUCAAAAAUGUAGACAUUGGGAACAAAGCAGAAAUAAACCCCAUCGCUUCUAGCUGACUGCUCCUCUUCAGCAGCCCAGUAGGAAAGGAAAAAUGGAGGAGGCUAUAGAGGUUACAGCAGAGUUCCAGGUUAAUCUCCCUGCCUCAACGAAUAAAAAUGAGAUAAAAUGAAUUGGCAGAACUGGAAGAAUGGUUAAUCUAAGCCAUGUUCCUGCUUUACCCAUUUUCCAGUCCAAGAUAAUAAAUACAACAAAGGAUUUGUAAUAUUCAGAACUACAAGGACCAGACAAUUUAAGACAAAAUGUAGGAAAAAAAUUAAGAAUGAUCAGAGAAGACACAUCCAGUUGGAAGUUUCUGGCAGAUGGGAACAAGUAUUGUGAGGGUCAGGGAAAAGGUUCCCAAAGGUGAUAGCAAUUAUCCUGCUUUUAAAAAAAGUGAAAUGAAAUGAAAGUUUGUUCUCCAAAUAUGGACAAUUGAGAGACCAGUGAAACUAUUAACAAUACAAAGGCUUUUAAGGCCACCCUUUCUGGGCCAAAUCCCACCCCCAUACAUCUACCCUAUCAUUAAACUGUUUGUACAGCAUCUGUCUGGACAGUGACAUGGUCCAAGUUCUAAAGUAAAAAUCUGAAGAUGAAAAUCCUC